AUGGGCGGCGCUGAUUGCUUACCAUCAGGUAAUCCGUCUGCACGUUUGCCGACCUAUUACAUAUACAAAAGAGAAGAGAGAGAGAAGAGAGAGGGGAGAAGAGAGAAGAGAGAAGAGAGAAGAGAGAAGAGAGAAGAGAGAAGAGAGAAGAGAGAAGAGAGAAGAGAGAAGAGAGAAGAGAGAAGAGAGAAGAGAGAAGAGAGAAGAGAGAAGAGAGAAGAGAGAAGAGAGAAGAGAGAAGAGAGAAGAGAGAAGAGAGAAGAGAGAGAGAAGAGAGAAGAGAGAAGAGAGAAGAGAGAAGAGAGAAGAGAGAAGGGAGAAGAGAGAAGAGAGAAGAGAGAAGAGAGAAGAGAGAAGAGAGAAGAGAGAAGAGAGAAGAGAGAAGAGAGAAGAGAGAAGAGAGAAGAGAGAAGAGAGAAGAGAGAAGAGAGAAUAUUAAAAUAUUCGUUAGAGGUUGUAGGUCUCAUACAUUAG